GGUCGGUUCGUCCUUUGUCCCUGACUAGUUCUGCGUUAUGAAUGGAAUUGUGGGAGCCAUGUUUAGUAAAGACUUUAUGGAUGAACUUCUCAAACCUCAGCAGCUAUAUUCCCACCGAACCCUGAAAACAGUGCUAACUCGGAUAGCACACGCCUCCAUCAUGAGGCUGAACCCGGCCAGCAUGGACAGGCUUUACGAGCUGGUGGUCAUGGCAUUCAAAUAUCAAAUCUUCCUUUGUCCAAGGCCUAAAGACCUGCUGCUCAUCACUUACAAUCACAUAGAUACCAUCAGGGAACUUGUAAAAGACACUCCUGUGGUUGUGAACCAAGUGGGCGAGACACACAGGAAGAUCAUCGAGGUAUACUCAUCUUUAUCCGAAGGUGAAUUCCAGCUUCUCAGACAAACGCUGCUCAUAUUUUUUCAAGACAUGCAUGUUCGAGUGUCACUUUUCCUCAAAAUUCAAGUCCAAAAUCCCAACGGACGUUUUGCCCUGUCAACAUCAGGCCCAGUGCCUCAUGGGAUAGAUGUCCCAGGGCUCAUUAGGACGUUUGACGGAAAGGGCAGAGAAGUGAGACGGAGUGAGUUCCCCUCAGGAGGAAGUUACAGCAGCUCUGUGAGAGAGGGGUGCUUUGAACUGCAUGGAGACAGAGUCAUCAGACUGGGCACGGACAUGUACACUGUGAACCAUCCAGAGGAGACACACACACCGAAGCAUACCUUUGUCAAGACGGACAUCACACCUAACCUGCUGGCCAAAGAGGAGUUGAACCUGCUGGCUCGCCUGAUGGGCAGCAUGAAGGCCGAGAAAGAGCCCAAAGCUGAAACUGGCUUUUGGAUAAACCUGUUCACCACAGACCAAGAGGAGGAGGAGGCGGGAGCUUCAGGCCUAGCGGAGGAGCCCUUGUUUGAAGUGAUACAUAUUCAAGCGAUGCAGGAUGAACAGGUAACGACUGAGCUUGCUAGAAUCGCCGGACAGUUUGCAGAAGAAGAGCCGCCUGGAAAUCUGAACAGCAGCAAAGGAGACGACCUGCUGGCCAUGAUGGACGACCUCUGACCUUGAUGUGUAGUUUCAACAAGAUUCAUUUUAACUCUACUUCCCGACUUAUCUAGACAUGUUUGUUUAACACUGAAGUAGAUUAGAGAGUAAUAAUAUAUCAAAUGAUUAGGUAGCAUCUGAUAAAACGUACUUAUAUUUAACUUUAUUUAAAUAACAAGCACAAAAUAUGUUCCAUUGUAAAAUAUAUUUUCUUUAUAAUAAUUAUGUUUUCAAUAAAGCAUU